GCGCCGGGGUCCGCCAUGGCCUCGGGGGCCGCUGCCGCCCGCCCCGCCGAGGAACCGGCGGCGCCGGAGCCUCCCGCCGAGCAGAAGCCGCCGCCGCUGCUGCCGCCUCCUCCGCCGCCGCCGCUGCCCGCCCAGGAGGAGUUUUCCUUCCUGCCGCUCGUCCACGACAUCAUCAAAUGCAUGGACAAGGACAGCCAAGAUGUUCACCAGGUGCUGAAUGAGCUCAAGAACAAGUUCCAGGAGAUGAGGAAGCUGAUCAGCUCCAUGCCUGGCAUCAGUGUGAGCCCAGAACAGCAGCAGCAGCAGCUGCAGAACCUGCGGGAGCAGGUCAGGACCAAAAAUGAACUGCUGCAGAAAUACAAGAGCCUUUGCAUGUUUGAAAUCCCCAAGGAGUAGGAAGGGAGCAGCUCUGCUCUCUGGGUCUGACAUACCUCCUCUCUUGGCUGAACAGGAGAGAAAAAAAGGUGGCAGAAGUUUACUUUUAUGCUUUUUUUUUUUUUUUUUGGUAGUGUUUGCUCUGAAACGGUGUCUGUGUGGGACUGCAGGCACGUGGCACUGAACCAGGACACCGUGUGCUUGACAUAGGAUGGUUACAGCAGUGGUUCCCUUCAAUCUGCUGUAGGACUCUGCAUUAAUGUAUGCAUCUCUUCUGUUUUCUCAGGGUGGGGUGGUUUGGGUUUUUUUCAUGUUCAAGCAAGCAGGAGACGUUGUGUUUUCUCCUUGCUAAGGGUCAAAGUACCAGCUGGUUAUCUUCAGCAACAAAAGGGGGGGGGGGGCUUUUCUGCAAUUUUUUUCACUGAAAACUGCCCAGACAUCAAAAGGGAACAUAAGAGGGAAGCACGAGCUGUUUGGCCUUCUCCUGGGAAGGGUCUCUGGGGCAAUUUCCAGUCUGUGUGUGUCAAAAGAGGAAUGCUUGUUUUCAAUUACUUUUGUAUUUCUCUCCCUCGUUUUAACCAAGUGAUGGUUGUGUCUGAGACGAGUAAAGAUUUUGAGACUUAAA